AUGCCCUUUUCCGCCACUUCUCGGAACCGGAAGCACUUGGUGCUAGUUCAUGGGAUAGGUCACGGAGCAUGGUGUUGGUACAAGGUUGUCAGCCACCUCAGAUCUGCCGGCCACCGUGUCACGGCGGUUGACCUUAGUGGUUGUGGGGUGCACCCAAGUCAACUUGAGGACAUACCCACCUUCUCCGAUUACAUACAACCACUGAUCCGGUUUCUGGAGUCAUUACCUCCCGACCAAAAAGUGGUGUUGGUGGGUCACAGCUAUGGCGGACUUGCCAUUUCUGUCGCCAUGGAGAAGCUUUCACACAUGGUCUCUGUUGCCGUUUUCAUCGCAUCUUACAUGCCCAAUUGCAGGGACCUACCAGCACUCCAGAUGAAAGAGUACUUCAAGAGUUUGAAGCCGGAGACGUAUUUGGAUUGCCGGUUCACAUUCAACAAUGGAUCACCGAUAUCAUCAGAACUUGGGGACCGUUAUAUGGCCGUAAUGUACCGGAAGUGCCAACCGGAGGAUCUGGCAUUGGCAAGGAUGUUGGUGCGACCGGGUGGGUUUUUCUUGGAGGAUAUGAACAAGGAAUCUCUUCUAACCCAAAACAGAUACGGAUCCGUCCCCAGGGUUUAUGUGGUAUGCGAAGAAGACGAGGUUAUGAACGAAGAAUUUCAGAGAUUCAUCGUGAAUGACAGUCCACCCGAUGAAGUCAAAUCCGUCCCCGGAGCUGGUCAUAUGAUCAUGUUGUCGAAAUCCCAAGAUUUAUCGCUUUAUUUGCAGGAAAUCGUGGAAAGAUACCCUUGAUGAGUAUAGUACUAUGUGUUCGGGAUUGAAAGUGUGUGAUCAUAAAUAAACAACACCCGUUAAUCAAAAUGAUGUAAUAACACUCUUGUGAUUCAUUACUACACCUGGAAGUUUUGAUGAAAUACAUAGAAAAAGAGAAUAAAGAGUUUUGUAUGUUACUUAAUUUUGAAAUGGAGCAGAAAAAUGUAGAUUAUAACGGAAAACAAGAUACGUUGUAAGGUGCAGUAGGCUACAAAAAUCAAAGGAAACCAAAUGUAUACAAGCUUCACGUCCAAAAGGAGUCGUUUGAAGAAGAGAAACGACUGAACAUCACCCGUUGAAGGAAAGUGAGGAUGAAUUAUUGGUUCACAAUUCCCAUGAAAUGGAACCGUUGAUAAGAU